AUGCUGAUUAUCACACCCACGUCGCCUCUUUGGCGUCAUGGAGCUGUCCGCUCCCUCGGUAUAGGUAUUCGGCACUAUGGCACCACGUUGCUGCCGCGUCAAUCCUUCUCUUCCUAUUUGGUCACGCCAAAAGAGCUCAACGAUGCCCUCGGCAAAAAUUCUCCAACAGCGAUCUCGACAGCUCCAAGAGUCAUUCCUAUCUGUGCCGCAUGGUUCAUGCCCAAUGAUCCUGAGAAGAGGACUGGGCUUGAAGUCUUCAAGAAGAAGAGAAUACCUACUGCAAGAUACUUUGAUAUCGAUGAGAUCAAGGACAACGAAUCGCCCUAUCCGCAUAUGCUACCCACCUGCGAAACGUUUGCAGAAGCCAUGUCGAAUCUUGGCGUGAGGAAGGAUGAUGAGGUGGUGGUCUAUGAUAGUGAAGAGCUGGGGUUGUUUUCUGCUCCACGAGCUGCUUGGACAAUGCGAGUGUAUGGCCACCCUAGAGUACACGUGCUUAACAACUUUCGGCUUUGGGUCAAAGAGGGCUACCCCAUCGAGACGGGGCCUCCAACAGUCCCCAAUAUCACAAAAUAUCCUAUUCCCAGCUACAACACGGAUAUGGUGGUCAAGUUUGCCGAGAUGAAAACCAUUGGCUACGACUACGGCAAAGAAGGGUCUGAAGAAAUUCAAAUCCUCGACGCACGAUCCCAAGGCCGCUGGGAGGGCAGUGAGCCAGAACCAAGACCGGGGUUGAAGUCCGGUCAUAUGCCUGGCUCAACAAGCCUGCCGUUCCAGGAGCUUCUUGAUCCUGAGACGAAGACUCUGAAGCCUCGCGAAGAGCUGCGCAAGAUCUUCGAGUCCAAGAAGCUAGAUCCCAAGAAGCCGUUCAUUGCUACGUGUGGCACUGGUGUCACCGCAGCAGUUAUUGAAGCUGCCCUCAAAGAGGCAGACUUUGGCUCCGAAGAUGAUCGAAGACUCUACGAUGGCAGCUGGACAGAAUGGGCGUCCAGGGUCUCCCCUACCAGCGGACUCAUAUUAUCCAGUGCUUCAUCUCGGUGA